GAUUCAUGCAAAUAAUCGGUUAUUUGUCAUUUUAGCCAUACUGCAGGUUCGCAUCAUAACAUGAAUUCUGCUUCACAAAAAAUACGGGAAACAAAAUCAGUAUUUAUAAUCCCAAGCGGCGUCGAUUUAAUUUUAGCCCCCUCAUUGAUAAGUGCGCUCGUGCGAAAAGGGGUGAACGCACGCGCUGCUUUUCCAGUGAGCGUGACAUUAAAAGGAGUGUUCGGGCCCUUUAAGAUCCCGCCUUUCCAGGAGUGAGGGAGACCUUAGCAGACUGCAGCAGCAGCAGCAGCACCUCCUCCUCCUCCUGUUCCUCGGCUGCCGUUUGUCCACCUGACGCCACAGAGGAGCCGCGGACUGGCAGCAGCCUCCUGGAGGGGGAAUGGGGGGCGCCUAGCAUCGUCGCAAGCCGCCUACAUUUUUCUGAAAGCCGCUAUAAAGGGGCCACUGCCGGCUGUCCUGCAAGAUGGUAUCCUGGAUUAUUUCGAGGAUAGUCGUCCUUGCCUUUGGGACCCUGUACCCAGCAUACUCCUCAUACAAGGCUGUCAAAACGAAAAACGUGAAGGAAUAUGUGAAGUGGAUGAUGUACUGGAUAGUGUUUGCGUUGUUCACCACAGCAGAGACGGCCACAGACUUGCUCCUGUCAUGGUUUCCAUUUUACUUUGAGCUAAAGAUUGCCUUUGUAAUCUGGCUCCUCUCUCCGUACACGAAAGGCUCCAGCGUCCUCUACCGCAAGUUCGUCCAUCCAACUCUCUCCAACAAAGAGAAGGAGAUUGAUGAGUACAUCGCUCAGGCCAAAGACAAGAGUUAUGAGACCAUGAUGAGGUUUGGAAAGCGGGGCCUCAACCUCGCCGCCAAUGCUGCCGUCACCGCGGCCACCAAGGGGCAGGGCGUGCUGUCAGACAAGCUGCGGAGUUUUAGCAUGCAGGACCUGACACUCAUCAACGCCGACGACGACCUGGUCCUGCGCCCCUCCGAGGUCCGCAUGAGGCGAGAGCACACGGACGACAUGGGCUCAGGGGUCAGCACGCUGCCCAGGGCCAAGAGCACUGCGGCACGCCAGACUCGCUCGGCGGCAGCUGCGUCUCUGGUGGAUGACGCCUCGUCCCAACACGGCUCCGACCAGUCGGACACGAGGACCGAGCAUUCAGACGACGAUUUAGGAGACAAGGCCUCCAAACGCAACGCCUCCGUGAAGACGACCAAGAAACCCGCAGCAGUGAAGACUGAGACUCAAACCAAGACGGUGAAGAAGACGACCAAGAAAAAGACCACGACCAGCAACGCGGAGACGCCACCAUGAGUCCUGCUGCCCAAAGCCCCGCCCCCUCACCUCCCUCCCCUCCUCCUACACCCCGCCCGCUCUGCUAAGAACUGAAGUUCUCUCACUUUAAGUGCAGACACUGUUUUAAAAAGUAUGUUUUUGGGCCGGAGAGAUGCUCUCACAUUCACUGGCUUAUAUAUAUUAUAUAUAUGUUUUUAAAGAUGUUUUAGUGUGAGCUUAAAUUCAGGUGGAGUUUCCCGGAUCAGCAGCUUCUUUUUUUAAGGUCAGUUGAGGAUCAGACGAGAAAUAUAAGGUGACAUCUCAUUUGUGUCGUUGGUUCAAUCUGCCCCACAGAGGGAAGUAGAAUUCUUUCUUUGUGGCUCGGCUGCAGCAGUAGACGUCUAAUGUUUACAUCAUUGUUAUCUUUCUUCUGAGUCUGCUGUCUUUGAUUUAUGUUUUAGCUGAUUUACAUUCUAUAUAUUUGCUUCUGCGUCUGGGCUGACGUUGAUUUAUUUCUUUAAUCUCAGAGAAGCUAGCCCUGUGAAGUUCAGUCUCUUUGGGUACUUUUUAGCCAAGCGCAGGACAGAAACCGAGGUGGUUCGUUCCUUCCAAACUAGGUUUCAUUCCGCCGUCAUUCUUAGGUUUAACUUUAAUCAUUCUCUUCCUGGGAUCUUGGAUUAUUAUUUUUUUUUGCUAUAAAGGAGGAUCACUGGGGUGGGAAUCAUAAAAUGCUGCAAGUGGUUCUGCUGUUAGAGUAACCAAGCUGUGGCGUUUUUCUGCUGCUUUGAACAUAAAUGAAGGCUUUCAAUUAUUAAACUGGCCAUGAUUUCUUUAGUGCACUAUAAAGCAAGAGACUGCAACACUUUAAUCAGCCAGCAGGGGGAGACAAACCCCACUCAAACUGUUGGUGGAGCUCAAAAUGUAAAUAAUAAACAUGACUGUACAUCUAGACUUGGUUUGCCUGCCUUAUUCAUCUUUGCUUUAAAAAUAAUUGUUUUUGAUUAUUUUUUUUGUAUUAUAUUGUGCUGCAAAAAAUCACAAUCAACUGUUAAUUAUAUUUAAAAGAUUCUGUUAAUUUAAAACAAAUGCUUGCCUCGUCACAAUGUCUUCCUUUAAAAAAUAUUCUUAGAUUUUAGGUUAAAUUUGAUCAUAUUUAACCUAUACCACAUGUUUUAUUGUUGAUUAUGUUUAUAAUGUCAUAAGGUGUGUUCAUUUGAAUAUUUCUUGUACUUACAGCUUAUCAAAGUUGACUAUCAUCUGGUUCAGCUGCUCCUGAGAAGGUCACGCUCCACAUAAAGUGCUAAUAAAGGAACAGAACACAA